AUGGCUUGUGUUUUGACCAGAAAUAAAUUAAAAUGUUUAAUUUUUGGAGAUGCUAAAGAACUUAGUAACAAUGUACUUCCAACUUUUGAAGAUGUCAUGCAAUAUUAUUUGUUUGUGAAACAUAAACUAAAACCCGAAAUUACCUCUAAAGAACCUAGUGUAAGCUCUAUAGCAGAAAUUAUAGCAGUUGAUUUAGAAAAGGUAUGGCUAAAAGCAUUAAUUCCAGUAGUAUCUCAUACACGUGUGUUGCAAAUGAUAAAAACGUACCAUGAUCAAUAUCGGAAUAUACUGAAGUCGGCUAAGAGUAGAAUAAAUAUUGAAACUUUUAAAAAAAAAUUAUAA